CCAAACCAGGAUUUUUCCACCAAAAUCUAUUUAACCAGUUUUCCUGGGGUAAACGGCAUUUUCCUCCAACUAACCAACCUUUAAUCUUCCUUUUCUGACACUCUAUAAUAAUUUUGGAAAAAGCAAAAGAUAUGCCAUUCAUUCCAGUGAAUACUGGUAGAUUUCCAGAUACCAUGCGACUCUGGUGCUAUGACCCAUGUUAUUUUCAAAUUGUGUCAAGAUGGCCAACUACAGAGGUGGGACAGGGGUGUUGUCGAAAACGACCCAGUAGCGAUAGCGGGAUUUUCAAAAUGGCGCCGUUUGUUUACAUCGGUUACUGCAGCUUGGAAGAUAUUGUUUUUAGAUGUUCUUGAGAGCAUAUCUGGUCCUCAGUAUGUAACAACAAGAAGGGAAAGAGUUUGAAGGAACAGAAGGGAGUACUCUGGGUUCCUCCCACCAGUCCAACAUGGCAGCAGUGGGGUGCCUCUACGAGUGCCUAAGGGAGGCGAAGCUGGACCAGUAUUACCCACAUUUCAAGAACAUGCAGGUCACAAGUCUGGAAUCCCUGGUCAGCUUGUCUAUGCAAGACUAUGACAGAUGUGGUGUGACAUCUGCUCAAGAUAAGCACAGGCUGUUUGAACUGAUCCAGAUAGUGAAGGAUGUCCAACAACACAGUGGGAAACACUGCAGUAAAGGGUGUGGUAGACAUGGAGAAAAAUCUUCACCUCAAAUGUCCAGUCAACAAGGUGCUGAUACAGUCAUGGAUUCUAAUUUAACAACACCCGAAAAGAAGAGCGAAGGUUACACUUUAAUCUUUAAUAGUGUCAAGAAAAGAUUGGCCAUGAAGGAUAAGAAUAUGCAGACUUCCCGUAUACUUACAGGAUUUACAGUCGUUGACAUUCCUAGUAGCCAGUACUUACAGAAGAAAAUUCAGUCCAUGAGCCCACCACGACACACCUUACAGAUCCCAACAUUUGGAGAUCUCAUUCCUCAGGCAUGGGAAGAAUCUCAGGAAGCUAAACAAAAAAAUACCCAGUCUGUUAAUACAGUGAUCUCAGUAGAUGCAAACAGUCCUCAUCACUACUCAUAUAGCUCACAUCCUAUCGCUGAAAGUGCCAAACAUAUGACUGGAGGUGCUUCCGAGUCUGUUAGCCACCGCCUGGUGACAACCUCCACCCCUCAGGGUAUCUCAAGACUAGAAGAAAGCUACUUACAAUAUUUGACACCGAGUGGACACCCCGGUUCCUUGGGACCAAAUUUUGGACCACCUAAAGCUAGGGAAUCAUUUGUUGAAAAAAUCCAUCAUGGAAAUGGAUAUAAUUAUGGAUUGCCAAGGAGAAAUCCGCAUAGAAGAUCUGUGAGUUCUAAUAAGUUCAGUCAGGAGGAGAGGAUAAAAGUUUGUGUACGUAAGCGUCCUUUGAAUAGGAAAGAGAAGAGAAUGGGAGAAAAGAAAAUUGUGGACACCAAGGAUGAAACAACGGUGUUUGUCAGCGAAUCCAAAGUGGCCAUUGAUUUAACUGACUUUAUGCAUCAACAUGAAUUUGUUUUUGAUGAGGUGUUUGAUGAAGACUGUAGUAACCAAGAGGUAUAUGAAAGGACAGCAGGACCAUUAGUAGACUGUGUCUUUCAAGGAGGGUCAGCAGUGUGUUUUGCAUAUGGGCAGACAGGAGCAGGAAAGACAUACACCAUGAUGGGGAAGAAGAACGUCCCAGGCCUGUAUGUGAUGGCUGCAGAUCAUGUCUUCCAAAGAGUUCAGGAAAUUGAAGAAGAAGAGGGAAGGGACCUUAGGGUGUGGGUCAGCUACGUAGAGAUCUACCUCAAUCAACUGUUUGACCUACUGGACAAAAGGAAAAGAGUUCAUGUUCGUGAGGAUGGUCGCCACAAUGUCCUCAUUCGAGGUCUGUGUAAAACUGUGGUCAGAGAUGUUCAGACAUUGAUGGCAGUAAUUGAAGCAGGUAACAGUUUGCGUAGCACUGGGACAACAGGUGUCAACCCUGAUUCUUCUCGUUCACACGCCAUUCUUCAGCUAGAGGUCCGGGACCAACAUGAAAGGAGACUGGGAAAGUAAGUGCACAGCAUCAUGUUGAUUUUAAAACAUUUCUCAAUCAGCAAUUAUUAAAUGUGCUUUUUUUUUAAAGCCAUGCAGUUUUUUUUUUAACUGUUGAGAAUUGUAUGUUCAUUUGCAUGCCUGCCUCCCCCUAUUUUACAAUUACCAUUUUCCUGUAUAUGACACUUUUUUAC